AUGGCCAAUGCAGAUAAUUUGCAGACAAUAACCUCCAUCUCCUUCCUUCCCAAAAAGGUGGUAUCAAAGGUUCUUGCACGUGUCACAGUUUCUUCAUCCAUUGAUCUUUUCCGGGCAAAAAUAUGUUGUAAGGUGUUUUCCGAAGUUUCGGAAGAAAAGUAUAUUUACCAGUGUGUGUCCCUCGACAAAGUUGAUUAUUUUAUAGGUAAGAAUUUGGAAUCAGCAUUGGAAUGCCUAGAAGAAGCUGCGAAAUCAGGCCAUGACGAAGCUGCCUAUGCCUUGGGAAUAAUUUUCCUCUUUGGUGGGGACAAUCUAAAGUGGAAAGGUAUGACUCUGCUUAGCGCCAUGAAGAAAUCAAGGAUUCAGAAACGGAGAGUGAAACAUUGCCGUGACAAUUUGCCAAGGAUUCUAAAGAUGAUUUGGGUAAAAAAUUCUUUGGUUCUAAGCCAAAGGUCCAUUUGUUGUGCCAUGCAACAUAACAGAAAAAGAAGUUGGCUUAUGGAUGAAAUUGAUGAAGAGGAGAGUACAUGUGAAGGCUGCGCUUGUGCUGAAGAAAUUGCACCAAUUUGUGAUGCCUUAGCUCAAUUUCAUCUCUAA